AUGGUCGCUCACAAUUCUCAAUUCCAAGAGGAAACAAGGAGCACUCUUAGGAACACAGGUUCUUCAAUCAAAAAUCUGGAGAUUCAAAUGAGUCAAAUUGCACAACAAAUGACCAAUACUCAACCACAGGGAGCUUUACCAAGUACCACGGUUACGAAUCCUAGAGACAACAAUCAUGUGAACGCUGUGACAACAAGGAGCAAUAAAUCGAAGGAAACACAUGAGAAAAACUCUGAUGAAGAAGAUAUGUUGAUUGAAGUAUAUGUGGAGAUUAAAGAAAAUGAGGUAGUAAGGAAAGAAGUCAUAGGCGAAGAAGGAGUAGUCAAAGAAAAAGUUGCUACACCUAAACCAGCGGUGAGACUUCCUUUUCCCACAAGGAAUAGGAAGAAAGAACAACAUGAGAAGAACUUCGAGAAGUUUCUAGAGAUGUUCAAGAAACUUGAGCUGAAUAUUCCAUUCUUAGAGGCACUGGAGCAAAUGCCUACAUAUGCGAAAUUCAUGAAGGAUAUUAUUUCAAAGAAACGAACAAUCGACAGUGACCCGAUUAUUCUAACUGAAACAUGUAGUGCUAUUUUGCAGGGGAUAAAGAUUCCAGUUAAAAAAAGAGAUCAAGGAUCGGUAACGAUUCCAUGCACAAUUGGUGAUAGAUCCUUCAAGAAAGCUCUGAUCGAUUUGGGGGCAAGUGUGAGUCUUAUGCCUUUAUCCAUCUACAAAAGAUUGGGAAUAGGUAAAGUUCAAGACACUCGUAUGACACUUCAGUUUGCUGACCAAUCCGUUAAAAGACCCUAA